CAAUGUCGCCAACUGAGAUUCAACUGGCAGGCCCUUCUUUUCCAAUUACACCAACUGCGCUCAACGGCACCAACAGAUUAGAAUGUGUCGCGAAUCAAAACGUUCCUCCAAAGAAAAGCCCUAAAGUUAGCAACUUGGAAUUUCGUCCUCUAGUUCCUUGGUCCACUGGUCUAUUCGACUGCUGUCAAGAUGUACACACUUGUUGCUUAACAUGCUGCUGCCCGUGUAUCACAUUUGGCCGCAUAGCAGAGAUUGUUGACAGAGGAUCAACUUCAUGUGGGGUAAGUGGUGCACUCUACUUACUAAUUCUGUGCGUGACGGGGUGCUCGUGUUUGUACUCAUGCUUCUAUCGUUCCAAAUUAAGAGGACAAUAUUUCUUGGACGAAAUCCCUUGCACCGAUUUCUGCAGCCAUUGUUGUUGCGAGACAUGUGCAUUGUGUCAAGAGUACAGAGAACUUAAAAACCAAGGCUUCGACAUGUCCGCAGGUUGGUAUGGAAACAUGCAAAGGUGUAAAAGAAGAGAUGUGUUGCCUCCAUCAGUUCAAACUGGAAUGAAGCGAUAGGUCGAAGUACCAUCAUGUUGCUCCAGUUUGUUUCCUUGCAACAAGAAAUAGCUGAAUUGUUGAAUUGAAUUUUAUAGUUUUAUUUGUUUGCAAGUCUUUUUUCUAUUUCUUCAAUUGGCACUAAAUGUCGAGUCUGUUUGCUGUGAAUCCCCUCGCUUGCCCUUUAUGCAAAACAAUGGCAACUUAAACAUAUAUAUAUAGUUUAAUACCUAAAACAAUCAGAAAGUAUUAAUACUGAUUUCAUUUUUGUGGCUAGAGCUGCCUAAUAAAAGGAAAUAGGACAUAAGGAAACAUAUUUCAUGGUGAAGCUUAGUAUUGACCUUCAAUUCUUCAGUUUCUGAGUUACUGAGCUCUGUC